AUGGUAGUCUCUCAGAUAGGGGUGCGCACGGCGGAUGAUAGUAAGUAUGAGGCUCACGAGAAGAAGCUGAUGGAGGAUAUCGCCAGACAGAAUAAGAACCCAUUCGAGUGCAGCGCCGACUUUUUGUUUGGGGCAAUUAGCGUUAUGUAUCGUGACUACUUGUAUGCUUCCGGUACCAUGCUAUUAAUGUGGACCUGGUGGGGCGCAUACCCGACAUAUUCACGCCUUCGCCACAAGAACAUCAUGCGCUUCCGUCGGAGGAGGCAAUGGGAAUUCCGUCGUUGGUUCUUCUACACGCGACACAUACCGAAGUGGGACGAAAAAUACCUGCAAGCUGUCGAGCUGCCAAGUCCAUAUGUCGGGCCUGGACCGGUGUUCACGCCAGUAUCCCCCUCAAUGAUAGUGCCUUCACAUGGAUCUCACCGCAGUGAGGCCCUCAUGACCCCUCUGACGGGGACAAGGGCUGAAGACGAUAACUUUUUGGUAAAGGUGAACCACACGGCAGCCGCCUCAUUUGCGGGUGGUGGUUUGAGCAAAAUGGAGACCGGCAUCGCCGCUGGUGUUGCUGCCAUCAACGGAUCUCUGCAGCAGUCGCUACAAACAAGGCGAAUUUUGAGUCGCAAUGAUGUAGACGUGGGGAAGCUACACGAGGAGGUAGCGCAGUUGAUUAAAGCAUCGCGUGGGGUUGUUGUUCUCAAGGAAACACACAAUACCCGCCACUCCGUGCCACUGGGUCGCGAAAUCUGGUGGGUUUCGCUGGAGGAAGCACGACGUCGGUGGGAGUGGUGGUUUUGGGCUAGUAUUCUUGUGGCUGCACGUGUGCUUCAAGACCUCCUCGAUAUGCCAGAGAUGCCAGACUUUGUUCAGUAG